CGGAAACACGCCCGCUGAGCGUGUCCGUGGCCUUUGUUUUAUAACACGUUAGUUAUACUAAAAUAUACUUAACGUGAAUACAGCAGAUAACGUGUGUGGGGCGUUCUUCAUGGGUUUAUUUCAGAACUGGCAUUAGCGAAAAUUCAACGUUCGUUUUGAGAUUUUUAGUUGCAUCGGAAUUACGACUACACACGAAUUAUAAUAAGGUUUAUUCUUAUGCGUGCCCCGGACUUCGUGAGACCUUUUUUGUAGAUGGCUAAAAUAGAAAAAAUCGAGUCGAAAGUGAAAAAGGAAUGUGAUUUUAUCCCACCAGAUGGGGGGUGGGGUUGGAUGAUAAUAUUUGCAGCUGGUCUUUCAAACUUGUCAGCGUUGCCCUUCAUACAACAGUUCGGGCUCCUCUUCAGAGACAAGUUCGAACGCCUGGGUAUCUCCAGCUCGGAAACUACCACUAUUAUCAAUAUACACUCCGCUAUGAACUCUUUCGUCGGGUUAGCAAAUGGACCUGUAUUCAGAACAUUCACUUAUAGGCAAGUGUCACUGGCUGGUGCUACGGUUGUAGUCAUAUCUCUUAUGCUGUGCACAUUCUCCUACAACUUCAUCACUUAUCUUUUGACUUUCUCAAUUUUGUACGGGGCUGGAUACGGUAUAAGCAGCUCUGCUAAUGCUUUAGCUUUAAAUACUUAUUGGAAAAACAGAAGACGAUUAGCAACGAGUUUAUCAUGGACAACUACAGGACUAGGUCCAAUGUUAUGGCCCCAUAUUAUCACAUUAUUAAUGGCUUCCUUUGGAGAAACUGGAACGAUAUUAAUAAUAAGUGGAAUAUCACUUCAUGCUAUAGCAUGCGCACUUUUACUCCAACCCGUCGAAUGGCAUAGCAAAUCUGCAGAACAAAAAGAAGAAGAAGAACAUAAAUUACUCCUUAAAAAUAAAGAAUACAAUAAAUCCGAGAACAAAAACAAAGAUCACAAAAAUAAUUUAGACAGUGGUUAUUUUAGUCGAAUGUCAAAAUUUAAAAAUUUUAGUGCUUAUUCAAGUCAAUAUUUAUAUAAUGAAGAUGAUCCAAUAACACCUGGCUAUGAAAUCACUGACCCAGGCACUCCUAUGAUGCUACGAGCUAAUGACGGAUAUUUUAGCCAAACUCGUCAACCUCGGAGUAAAGCCCCUUCCAGAGAAACGUCAGCUAAAACUUCAAGAAUGAAUUCAAAUAAACCUUCUACGACAAACCUAAAUGAAAUUCGCUCACAAAAAUCUUCAACUUUAAAUUUAAAUGAUUCUAAACAAAAUUCAUAUGUAAAUCUUGGUGCUUUAGAUCAAGAAAAUAAAAGUAAACCAAAACGAAAAUUAUCUACAACACUUCGUGCACAAAUUCCGGAAUCGGAAAUAGAAGACUGUCCUACACUUAAAGCACCACAUGACUUAAAAGCUGAUGAAAAAGAGGUUGUAGAAAAAAUUGAUCCGAUGAUUGCAAAAGAUAUUGCAGAGAAAGCAGAAAAACAAAUAACUAAGAGUAAAAGUAUGAAAUCAUUUAAAACGGAUGGUCAAUACGGUGAUAAAUUAAUAAAAGGCAAUCAAAGUAGCAUAUCGUUAGCUAAUCAAGACGAUUACGAAGAAAGUAAAUAUUUAAAAGAUAAUCAUAGUAAUCAAUCAUAUAGAACAAGAAACAGAUUAAAGUCAAAUAAUUUUAAUUAUGAGAGUGAAGUGUUGAAACAAGCUUCAAUGAAGUUGGAGCAGUAUUUGAAAGAAAAUGAAGAUGAAAAUCAAGGCAAAAUAACAAUACUUAUAAACUACAACAAGGAUGUCGACAAUGAUGAUGUAUUUGAAGACAACAAAGAAAAUACUGAUAAAGAAGGGAAAGAAUUGACAUUUUGCGAAAAAAUAUACAUAUUCUUUGAUCUAGAUCUUUUAAAAGAUUUUACAUUUAUAAAUUUAAUGUUGGGAAUGACUCUGGCCAGUUUUGCUGAAAUGAAUUUUUCAAUUUUGACACCAUUCAUACUUGGAGAUUAUGGGUUUACAAAACCUGAAGUGGCUUUUUUCAUGUCAUUAUUAGGAGGUAUAGAUAUAUGUGUAAGAUUUUGUAUUCCUUUCAUCGCUGGAAAAGUCGGAUGGGACAACAAUUCAUUUUUCCUUUUUGGAGUAUUAACCAUGGCUAUGGGAAGAGUAGUUUUAGCCUACAAUCAGAAUUACAGCAUGGCUCUUCUAAUCGCAGUUAUAAUAGGUUUCGGGAAAGGUCUGAGGACAGUCUUCGUGGCGUUGGUGAUCCCCACUCACGUGCCUCUCCACAAGUUACCAGGAGCCUCGGGUUUACAGCUCUUGACCAAUGGCGUUGUAUGUGUAGCUCUGGGACCAGUUGUCGGUUGGAUCAAAGAUCAUACAUCAACAGGUGUGCUGUUGCACAGUUUGAAUAUCCUGACGUACAUAACAGCUAUUUCUUGGGGCAUAGAGAAAUUCAUGCGAGCGAGGCAACGAAAGGCCCUUAAUGAAGAAUUCGCAGAUCCGUGAUAUGAAUACUGUGGAAAUGGUCGUUACGGGUAUAAUGCAUAGCUUUAAAUUUUAUAUACUUGUAUCACAGAAAUUAUUCCAAGUGAAAAAGAGAGAGAAUUGAAGAUACUUUAGCAGUGUUUUGUAACAAUCAACAGUAUUAUAGAUGAACAAUAAAAAUAUAAAAUAAUUACGGAAAAUAAUACUUUUUAUUAAA